AUGGCAACUAUGAAGGGGAGCAAGAUAAAUGCCGUCAAUAGCUGGAGCAGCCAAAUAUUGGGGAAAUUUGGAAGAUCAGACAAAGUGAUGCUAGCAGAGAGGAAAUGUAGUUGUAAGUAUUUUGAUAAUAUCAAAAUCCCGUGUGGCCAUGCUAUGCUUGCAGCUGACGGGGUAGGUGUGCCUUACGACACAUUGUGUGGGCAUUGGUACAAAACGACUGUGUGGAGGGAGACGUACGCAGGCGUUAUCAACCCCCACGGUGUUGCUAGAGAUGUUGAUAUACCUGAAGAAGUCAGCAGUCAGGUUGUUUACCCUCCUAAUACGAAGAGACAACCUGGUAGACGUCGCAAGACACGUAUACCAUCAACCGGAGAGAUAAGGGCGCCUAAGAAGAAAGUUACAAAGAACAAAUGUGGUAGGUGCAGGGAGGAAGGACACAACAGGACUAACUGCAGUGUGGCUAUCUAA